CCACGCGCGCGCCGCGAGUACGCCAGGCGAGGGUUGCGCGCAGGGCUACAUGGGCCGCGGGGCCCCCCACCGCCACUCGACGGCGCAGGAGUAUUCCAGACCACCCCCGGACCGGGCCGGGCGGUGGAACUGCUGGGCUAGGGCUGGAGCCAGGUGGACUCGCACCCGCUAGCAGCACCAGGCCGACGACCAUACAGCAGGACACCGCCGCCGACGGGGUCCGUGACGACGCACGACGCGUCCCACCCGAGGCGGUGGCGGCGCGCGGAUGGCAUUGAUUGACUGAGCGACCGACUCGCCCCGCCCCGCCCCGCCCCGAGCCGGACUCGCACCUGUGGCCGGCGCACUCUCCCCUAUGCUGUCCCCGGGGGCGGACGCGCCGCCCGCCUCAGGAGCAGGAGGGGCCCCACUCCACGUCGCGGACCGGACCCAUGGAGAAAUGGCUGACUGAGCGGCGUCUGUGGCUCUUCGGCAACCACCUGCCUCUGCUACCUCGCAGGCCACGGGCGCCAGUCAGGGCCAUGGAGCGGUACGAGAAGCUGGCCAAGCUCGGCGAGGGAAGCUACGGCGUCGUGUUCAAGUGCCGGCACCGCGACACCGGCCAGACCGUCGCCAUCAAGAAGUUCGUCGAGUCGGAGGACGACCCGCUCAUCCGCAAGAUCGCGCUACGGGAAAUAAGACUGCUCAAGAAUCUCAAGCAUCCGAACCUGGUGAACCUCCUGGAAGUGUUCAGGCGGAAACGGAAGCUGCACCUCGUGUUCGAGUUCUGCGACCACACGGUGCUCGACGAACUACAGAAGUACCCGCAGGGCUGCCCGGAGACACUGACGCAGAACCUCAUCUGGCAGACACUGCAAGGGGUGGCCUACUGCCACCAGCACGGCUGCAUCCACCGCGACGUCAAGCCGGAGAACAUACUCCUCACUGCGAACGGCGUGGUCAAGUUGUGCGACUUUGGCUUCGCGCGAAUGAUGAGCCCUGGGGAGAACUACACCGACUACGUGGCCACUCGCUGGUACCGCGCUCCCGAGCUGCUGGUCGGGGACACUCAGUAUGGGCCCCCGGUUGACGUCUGGGCAGUGGGCUGUGUCUUUGCCGAACUGAUACGGGGCGAGGCUCUGUGGCCCGGGGCUUCCGACGUCGACCAGCUGUUUCUCAUAAGAAAGAAUCUGGGGGACCUAUCGCCUCGCCACAUGCAGGUGUUCCGCGCCAACGAGUUCUUCAGAGGGGUGACGCUUCCCCAGCCGGACUCCGUCGAGCCGCUCGAGAACCGGCUGCCGAAGCAGGCAGGGGCCGCGGCCAUCGACUUCCUCAAGCGCUGCGUGGACAAGGAGCCCGACCGAAGGUGGACGUGCGAGCGCCUCCUAAGGCACGUGUACUUCCACAACUUUCGCUGUACCUUGCCCGCCGAAGAGUUGCGCGAGUUUGAGAAACUCAAACUGCUCCGUGAUAGGAGUCGGAACUCGACUACAAGUACCGGCUCCACCAUGCUACCUCAUCUGGCGAGUAGCACCCAAAGCAGUACUACGUCACCAGAGCAGAGCAGUAGUCAAUCCCGAGAUCACGGAGACCAUCUUCCAGUCAUUUAAUCGUGGUUGGGCAUUUACACAUGAAAAAUACAGUGUUUGCAGAAACCUGUGAUAAAAUGAGUCCGCAAUAA